GAUAGAGUAACACCUAUGCAUCACGGUAACCAAAUCCCCAGUUUUCGGCGAAACCCCGAAUUUUCUCGCUGCCCAAACACCAGGAAGAAAAUGAACGGUGUUAUUUGGAAGCCGUUAAUUCCAUUAAAACCUCCGUCAUUUCCGGCCAAAGCUCGGUCCUCCCAUCUUCCAGUCUCCACGAUCAACACCACCCGAAAAUUCCAGUCAAUCUCUGCGUCAAAUCAACAGCAACAACUCAACCUCUCUGUUCUUCGUUUCACUCUCGGGAUACCCGGGUUUGAUGAGUCCUAUUUGCCCAGAUGGAUCGGGUACGGGUUCGGGUCUUUUAUACUGUUGAACCACUUUGUGGGUUCGGACCUCAACACCAUUACUGCAGCACAGCUUAGAACGGAGGCUUUGGGGCUUUGUCUGGCAGCAUUCUCUGUGGUGCUUCCCUACCUGGGAAAAUUUCUUAAGGGCGCUGCUCCUGUGGAUCAAACAACUCUUCCGGAAGGCAUUGAGCAAAUCUUUGUGAUGACACAAAAUAUUUCAGAUAUCCUGAAAGAGGACUUGGCUUGGGCAACAUACAUUUUGCUGCGGAACACAAACACCAUUGCUGUGCUUAUAUCAAUUCGAGGUGCAUUAUGCGUGCGUGGCUACUGGAACACACCGGAUGAUGUAUCAAAAGCUCGUGUUCUUGAUUGGGUUGAGAAAGAGAUUGAGAAGAUUGGCCUCUCUGAUUUGAAGGACACCCUCUAUUUUCCUCAGAGUGCAGAUUCUGGACUUUGGGAAAUGCUCCCCAAGGGUACCUGUUCUCUCUUGGUGCAGCCAGUUUCGCAAAUUCCAAGCCAAGGUACCGACGAGAUGGAGAAGAUUGAUGGAUUUGUCCUCCUGGCUUCAAGCAUGAAUUAUGCAUAUACUGAUAAAGAUAGAGCCUGGAUAGGAGCUGUUGCUAACAAAUUUAGAGGAUGGAUGAUCAGGGAGGGCCACUGAAUGAGUAGAAAGGUUAAAAUUCCACUCUCAGAAAUUGAAGAACAUCAGGUCUCUACAAAAAUUUCUCCAAGCCAUACACCAAAUUCUGCCAAAGAAAAAAGAAAGCAACAAAGAGGUUUUAUUUCAACAAGGGCUGAAGAAUGAAUGGGUUAAAGGUAUGAAAUGUCCAUGAUUGUUACCUUCAGCCGCACGACCUUUCUAAUGGCCAGGAUUAGGCCUGGCAUGAGACACCGCACAUCUGUGAUGUCAUGUUUGAGAGAGUAAACCUGAGGCCAGCAGUGCUUGUAUAUCAGAUCAUUAUGCUACUAACUGAAUAGUUUCUAGAUGAAGACAAAUUAGUAAACUCAGAAAGCAGACCUCUCCAGGGCCGGAGAAGUAGACGGUUGUGCUAGAUGGAAGGCCUGGAAGGACCAAGCUAUGGACCCGGAUCCCAUCUUCACCCAGAACUUGACCCCUUGCC